CUCUGUCUCCAGCUCACCUCUUCUUCCUAUCUCCAUUCCUCCUGGCAUUUAUGCGUUGCGCAGAAACCUGCAGUCGUCGAACCAAAACGUCAAGGCCCAUUUCCACAUUUUCCCGUGCUGUUGACGGUCGCACUUGUGUGUUGUUUCGCAUCGCCACCAUGCCCAACCCCGUCCAACGGUCCGCGUGUGAUAGGUGCCACGGCCAGAAGCUGCGCUGCACGAGGUCUGGACAUGGAGGCGCUUGUGUCCGCUGUACCAAGGUAAAAGCCGUCUGUAUCUGGACCCCUUCAACGCGCCGUCAGAGCGAACAUUUGCGAUCCACAGCUCUCAACCGCCAAGACCCGUCUAUCGUGACUCCGGACAGCAGCCCGCCACAAGAAGACGACAAUGGUAUGGAGACCACGACGCCACUGAACACAUCAUUCCCAGUCGUCCAGGCCGAUUUUGAUUUCGGUGGGUUCGGCACAUGUCUAUUGCAGGGCAGUUCAACGACAGCGACCUGGUCAGGCCCGACUUUUGCCGACGCUACCUCAGGAUCCUCCUCAACCUGCGCGCUGUCUGCUGCUUCUCCUGCGUCUACUUCCUACCUGCAAUCAGGUGAUACCAUGAACUCAUGGCAGUCUCAAUUCAAUCAGGAGUGGGCUAUGUUGUCUGCAGAACAGCCAAUACUUCCAGACGACGGAAAUGUGCGUACACGACAGGAGACUCCUACGGCCAAGCCGCAUGAAAUACAAAAUCUGCCACUUGCUACCAUCCGCGGACUCUCGGAUCUCAAUGUUGAAUUAUUUACACUUUCUUCCACGAUACCUAAGCCACCGACCUCUUUAUCACAGCCGUUCAGCUGGAGAGACAAAGACUUUGCGAUCGAUAAGACGUUUCAGCUAUCCCAGCGCCUGAUUGAGGUCCUCGACAAGCUGUACCCACGCCAUUCAGAAGCGCUGUGCAAGAAUCAUGUCAUGUCACCUCUUCAGGAAGAUGCAUUGCCAGGGUUGAUUUUGAAUGAGUCCCCGUCGUUCGAUCAAUCGUCGUUCCUGCUUGUGCUUUCGUGUUACCAACGUCUUAUCGAAACCUACGAUGAUAUUUUCCGAAAUAUGCAAGCGUGCUUAGACCGCUCCUCGAUUACGGCGCGCGAAGAUUACGUUCAGAUGCCCGACAUGAAAGUCGGGUCCUUCUCUUUGCCCGAUUCAUCUACUCUCCAGAUCACGUUGAUCCUACAGCUGACUAGGCACCUUUUACGUCGAAUGAGCGCUAUCAUCAAGUCUCUAAACACAAAUUAUGGUGGUGGCACGAAUGAUCUGAUGUCCCUCACGUUCAAGGCCGUGAAUACCAGGGAGGAGGAUUUGAUCAAGAGAAUCAAUAAACUCCGAAAUAGCCUUCUAUUAUUAGACAUACUAUAGUGUGUUCACACCACUUUCCAGCCCCCUUUGCGUACCCCUCCCCCAAUGGCCAUCACACUACAGCCGCCGUCAAGACGCUUGAGCAUCUGGUAUUCAGAAGAAUUCGGUGCCUGGCAUUGGCAAUUAGCGCGCCUCAAGGCAAGAGGUACGGAAGAAAGAGUGUCAUCGAGCGUUACAUAAUUAUAGAGACUCCAAAAAAAAAAAAAAAAA